AUGCAGCCAGCAUCCUCGGGAUCAGGAGAGGACGUCGUCUCUGGUGGCAUGGACCCACUAACAGACUGCCCAAUUUGCUUCGAGACAUACGUGAGGUGGAUGGAGACGGAGGAGAAUCGAGAGCCCCCGCCUCAUGCCGAGAAGAAGCUGGACUGCUGCGGCCAGUCCUUGUGCUACCACUGCUAUGGUCAUCUACGUAGAUGUCCUUUCUGUCGCCUACGCUGGCAUGGAGACUCAGAUGACGACGACGAUAUGGAUGCUCACGAUGCCAACUUUUGGCAGCGCCGAAAUUUUCCGAACCCUAUACUGACGGUAUGGGGAACUACAUUAGCCCUCGAUUUGUUUCGGGUGAUGGCAUCUUCUGCAGUCACCGGUGCAAGGGCGAUUGCUGCAGCCGCAACCGCAGCGGCAGCUGAGUCGCCGAUCCUCUUAGCUAGCACAGCGACGGGGGCAGUUGUUGUGGCAGGCGGGGUUGCCCUUGUAAAGGCAUCACAGCAUCAGCCUGCGCAGGCAGAGCGUUUGCGUGAGGCUGUGCGGGAUCGAGUUCGCCAUGAACUGGUCCUUCAGGUCCAAGACAACAUAAGCAACGCUUGGCGCAAGGCUGUCACGCAGAUUUGGGAUGCGCUCCAUUGGCAUCUCUCACCUCAGCUGAAGCACAUGCCGCAUGUCUAUACAGGAUCGAUUUGGCGCACAUCUGCCAGAAUCAAGCACCAUGACGCCCUGUCUGCACUGUUGCGCGGCGAAGGCGUUCAGAGCGAAACAUCUUCGUCUGCCCCAGGGUCCAGUCAAUCAGUGCAAAGCACAGAGGAAAGCUUUGUCAGGCUGCGUGUUUGGGGCGAUGUGGUCUUCUGCUUCAUGCUCUGGCUAGAUUAUAAUCCUCAUACGCCAAAUUGGGGAUCCUGCACGUCCUAUGGCCUUCCACAGCUGCACCUGUGCUGGCACAAUCGCUGGCGAGAGGAUCUGCGGCACGUCGUCUGCGAUUUGGCCAGACAUGUGGAGAGCGAGUACAUCCAGGCCAUGCUUCCGCGACAAGAGCUGAAAUGUCGAAUGUUUGCUGGCAAUGCUGGAUCACGUGCUUUCCUGGGAGGCUACCGUGACCCAGACUUAGCUUGUCACAUGAGCAUGAUGGAAGAAUUCGUGCUGCAAGCAGGUCGUGACGCUGGAUCGCGGGUCGCCUUGCACCCAGUUGAAGUCUUCAAGCUGGAUGCAUGUAACUAA